AUGUCCACAUUCUGGGGAUCCGGCGACACCGGACAGCGGCUAUUCGACCUCGACAACAGGCUGCUCGAGGUCCUUGAUUCACUGAGAGACUACAUAUCAUCUGACGGAUCACCCAGGCUACUGACCAGAAACUCGUAUUCACGGCCCAGCUUUCUCUGGAACCGAGAAAUCAUGUACACCUGUAUGGGCACAUGUAGCGCCGUCUGGCUUCUCUGGCAAUUUGCUCUGAAGACCGGAAGGAUACGACUACCUUUGAUUCCGGCACGCUACCAGACGAUUCGAUCAAAAACACGACUUAGAGAAUGGCUGGUGACCAACUUCACACUCAAAACCGAAGACGUCUGGCUAGGUCGAUUGUGGACCAUGAUUACAUCCAGCUUCAGCCACAUCGACCUCCCCCAUCUGGCCGCGAACAUGUCAACAUUCUCGUCAUUCUCAAGAUAUUUGAUUUUUAUAGGUAUCUCGCCUAAGCAGUAUGCCACGCUCAUCCUUGGUUCUGCGUUGACCGGUAGUUUGGCCGCAACGUUUCACUAUGCUUGGAUGGAGAAGAGGGACGGCACCCGGCGCUCUGGUCUUGGAUUGUCGGCCGUCUGUAUGGGAUUGAUUACAGCUACUGCUGCCGUCUCUCCAAAUGGGAAGGUGUCCUUCAUGGGCCUUGGGCCUGUUCCGAUGUGGAUGACUGCACUUGGAUACGUGCUUUUCGACACCUAUAUGAUUGACAGUCCAACUUCGAGCAUUGGACAUGCAGCUCACGUUGGAGGUGCCAUCUUUGGAGCGACAUAUUCAUAUAUGAUCCUUCGCGGAAAUCUACCCUCGAGGGGAAUCUUGUGGAUAUGA